AUGCUUCUCCUCCCAGCUGCUGCCCUGUGCUGUCUGUGUUCAGCGCUGGUUUCCAUGGCGACAAAGCUGAUUCAGGAUGAUUUAACACUGACCAGGAGAGUCAGUGAAAAAGUUUCAUUCAGAUGUGGACGAACUGACCGGUGUUAUAAUUACUAUGUAUACUGGUACCAGAAGAAAGAGUCAGAUACAUUCAGAAGGAUUCUUGGUAUUGACAGGCAUUCUGGAGCUUUACGUAAACGCUACAAUCAUUCUCAGGAAGAUGAUUUCUCAGCUGUGAAUAAAGGGAAUGACUGUGAGUUGCAGAUCCAGAGAGUUAAACUCUCUCAUUCAGCCUCAUAUUUCUGCUCCUGUGAGGAUUCUGGAUGGUAUGACUAUUACAUGUUUGGCUCUGGGACUAAACUGAUUGUAACAGAUGAUGAGGUGGUGAAGCCCGUGGUGAGUGUGUACUCAGCAACCUCCAGAGUCCAGCAGCAGGAGGAGGACUCUCUCCUGUGUGUGGCCUCAGCCAUGUCUCCUCCUCUGGUCCAGAUCUCCUGGAGAAGACGAAGAAAGAACGGUGAUCUGGAGGAGCUGCCCUCUGCUGAGGGAAAACUAUUGAAACUGAAGGUGUCUGGAUGUACAGCCUCCACCCUGAAGAUCCCUCAGAGAGAGAGUGGCACGUAUGAAUACAUCUGCUCUGUGAAGCACGAGGGGGGGACGGUCCAGGACCGCAAAGAAAUAGAAGCUCCAGUUCCUUCAACCUCUGGUCCUCCAGAGAGAGAGCCAAGACAUCUGCCAGCUCUGCAGCUGACUGACUAUGAUCCUUUCCAGUCUGAGUGCAGGGUGAGACUGCUGACUCUGCUGUACUCUGUGCUGAUAGUGAAGAGUCUGGUGUACUGUUGUGGACUCUGUCUGCUGAGGAUCCUCACCAACAACACACCGUGCAUCCACUGCACAACAGCUGACUGA